GGGGCGGCUGGCGAGCCGGGAGUCGCUCGCUGGUCGCGCGGGCCGUUUCGCUGCGCCUCCGCACGGCCUUCUUUGCUCAGCAUGAUAGCUGUGGGAUGUAUCCAUGUUAUAAUACGAAGUUCUGGCCUGUUCUUCCUCCUGGCUGAUGUGAGCCCGGCGGGCCUCUGGCUGACCCGUCGCUGACGCAGGCCCCGCGCCCCGGGCCCAGCAUGCGCCUGUCGGUGCGGAGGGCGCUGCUGGCGGCCGGCCUCGCCCUGGCCCUGCUCCUGGCCUUCCAGCUGGGGCAGCAGGUGCUGGAGUGCCGGGCGGCGCUGAAGGGCCCGCGGAGCCGCUGGCCCGCCAUGCGGCCGGAGCAGGAGGACCUGGUGGUGGUGGGCACGGACCACGUGGAGUACCGCUACGGCAAGGCCAUGCCGCUCAUCUUCGUGGGCGGCGUGCCCCGCAGCGGCACCACGCUGAUGCGCGCCAUGCUGGACGCCCACCCCGAGGUGCGCUGCGGCGAGGAGACACGCAUCAUCCCCCGCGUGCUGGCCAUGCGCCAGGCCUGGUCCAAGUCGGGCCGCGAGAAGCAGCGGCUGGACGAGGCGGGCGUGACGGACGAGGUGCUGGACGCGGCGAUGCAGGCCUUCAUCCUGGAGGUGAUCGCCAAGCACGGCGAGCCGGCCCGCGUGCUCUGCAACAAGGACCCCUUCACGCUCAAGUCCUCCGUCUACCUGUCGCGCCUCUUCCCCAACUCCAAGUUCCUGCUGAUGGUGCGGGACGGCCGCGCCUCCGUGCACUCCAUGAUCACGCGCAAGGUCACCAUCGCGGGCUUCGACCUCAGCAGCUACCGCGACUGCCUCACCAAGUGGAACAAGGCCAUCGAGGUGAUGUACGCGCAGUGCCUGGAGGUGGGCCGGGACAAGUGCCUGCCCGUGUACUACGAGCAGCUGGUGCUGCACCCCCGGCGCUCCCUCCAGCUCAUCCUGGACUUCCUGGGCAUCGCCUGGAGCGACUCCGUCCUGCACCACGAGGACCUCAUCGGCAAGCCUGGCGGCGUCUCCCUGUCCAAGAUCGAGCGGUCCACCGACCAGGUCAUCAAGCCCGUGAACCUGGAAGCGCUCUCCAGGUGGACGGGGCACAUUCCCGGGGACGUGGUGCGGGACAUGGCCCAGAUCGCCCCCAUGCUGGCUCGGCUCGGCUACGACCCCUACGCAAACCCUCCCAACUACGGCAACCCUGACCCCAUCGUCGUCAACAACACACACCGGGUGUUGAAAGGGGACUAUAAGACACCAGCCAAUCUGAAAGGACAUUUCCAGGUGAGCCAGAACGGCACCGCCUCCCCCGGGGGAAGCUCGUGAUUUCCAGGUCCCCGCCAGCGGCUGCCGCCGGGAGGGGAGAAGCCGCCUCCAGUGGAAAUCGGACUCUGAUCCAAGCAUAUUGCUUGCUAUUAACCGGCAGACGGGACUGCUACCGAGGGGUGUGUGUGCAUAUGUUCGCAAAGCCGGGUCAUCGAGAACCUUCCUGGAAGCACGCUGCCUUCGGACCCUCCGGGAUGGAGGACGGCGAGUGCGGACACAGUGCCGCCUCGGAAACUUGGUUUUUAUAUUUUUCCCGCGAGAACUUUUUCUACGAAGUGGCCUGGCCGCCUCCCUCCUGUGCGGGGUGGGGGGUGGGGGGGGUGUUGGCUGGGACCAGGCCACCCCCGUGCCUCCCCGAGGACCCUAUUUUUGAAUUCAAAGAAUCUAUUUAAAAAUUUAAUAUAUGAGGCUUUCUCUGAUUCCUCCCAGUUCUUAAAUUGACACAGAACAGAGGUGUAUUGUUUGAAUAAAGUGACCAGGGACGCUU